UGGUCGGUGAGUCGGUAAGCGGCGCUUAGUGUUUCCUCUCUCGGCUCGGUGUUUCUCCGACACGGCGCGGGGGAGAAGCGCCCUCGGCCCGCCAUGAACUCCAGCCUGGACCUGUCGCGGCGGAACCCGCAGGAGGACUUCGAGCUGAUCCAGCGGAUCGGCAGCGGGACGUACGGGGAUGUGUACAAGGCGCGCAAUGUCAACACAGGAGAGCUGGCAGCCAUCAAAGUCAUUAAACUGGAGCCAGGGGAAGACUUUGUGGUGGUCCAGCAGGAGAUUAUUAUGAUGAAAGACUGUAAACACUCCAACAUUGUUGCUUACUUCGGCAGCUAUCUCAGGAGGGACAAGUUAUGGAUCAGCAUGGAAUACUGUGGAGGAGGCUCGCUACAAGAUAUUUAUCAUGUGACUGGGCCUCUGUUGGAAUCCCAGAUUGCAUAUGUAUCAAGAGAGACCCUGCAGGGUUUGUACUACCUCCAUAAUAAAGGCAAGAUGCACAGAGAUAUUAAGGGAGCAAAUAUCCUACUCACAGACAAUGGCUAUGUGAAGCUGGCGGACUUUGGAGUUUCUGCUCAGAUCUCAGCUACCCUGGCCAAGAGGAAGUCUUUCAUUGGAACGCCAUAUUGGAUGGCUCCGGAGGUGGCAGCAGUAGAGAGAAAGGGCGGUUAUAACCAGCUCUGUGACAUCUGGGCUGUGGGCAUCACUGCUAUAGAACUGGCUGAGCUACAGCCACCCAUGUUUGACCUGCACCCAAUGAGAGCGUUGUUUCUCAUGACUAAGAGCAAUUUCCAACCACCUAAACUGAAAGAUAAAGUGCAAUGGACAAGUAACUUCCAUCACUUUGUGAAAAUGGCGCUGAUCAAAAACCCCAAGAAGAGGCCGACUGCUGAUAAACUACUGCAGCACCCGUUUGUGUCCCAGCCCCUGAGUCGGACCCUCGCUAUUGAGCUGCUAGACAAGGCCAGCAACCCUGACCACGCCCACUACAGUGACAUUGAUGAUGAGGACCAGGACCCAGACCCUGAGUCUCCUGUGACUGUGCCUCAUCGGAUUCGCUCCACAAGUAGAAGCUCCCGGGAUGGAAAGACUCUGUCGGAGAUUAACUUUGAUCAGGUGAAGUUUGAUCCUCCACUGAGGAAGGAGACGGAAUUGCAUCAUGAACCGGAACUCCAGUUGGAGCCACAGAGCAUCCUAGGAGACAAUAAGAGUCUAUUAAAAUCAGUAGCAGAGGAGCUCAAUCAGAGGGGUCAUGUGACACAUUUAGAGGAUGGUGAGGAGGAGGAUGAUGAUGGUGGUGAUGAUGAAGCUGUACAUUCAAAUUCCAGUUCCACAAUGAGGCCCAAGGUACCACCCCCAUUGCCCCCUAAGCCCAAGGCUUUGAGUCCAGCUCAGAACGGUCCUUCUGGAGACGACAGCGGUGGACAGGGGACGAUCAAGCGCUGUCCAACUUCUCCAAACCCCACCCCUACUCCUCCUCGCCCCGCCGCCUGUGUGCCCCCCAGGCCACCGCCCCCAUUCCUGCCCCCCCACAGACGCAGAAGCUUAGGUAACAGAGUUACUGCAGCUCAGCAGAAUGGAGAGAGAGAAAGACAGUCGACCCUUCCCACAAUCCCCAGCCGCAGGAGCAAGGACAUUCCAAAACCCAUCAGUAACGGCCUGCCUCCAACUCCCAAAGUGCAUAUGGGAGCAUGUUUCUCUAAAGUGUUCAACGGCUGCCCGCUGAAGGUCCACUGUGCAUCGUCCUGGGUCAACCCAGAUACCAGAGAUCAGUAUUUGCUUUUCGGAGCUGAGGAAGGCAUCUACACUCUUAAUCUGAACGAGCUUCAUGAGACCACCAUGGAACAGAUAUUUCCCAGGAGGUGCACAUGGCUGUAUGUGAUGAACAACUGGCUUAUCUCCAUAUCUGGUAAAGCAUCCCAGCUCUACUGCCAUAAUCUGGCAGGCCUUUUUGAGCAUGCCCGGCAGAUGCAGAAGUUACCGGUCGCCAUACCGACACACAAGCUGCCUGAUAAAAUCGUCCCUCGGAAGUUCACAGUGUCCAACAAGAUUCCAGACACAAAGGGGUGCCAGAAGUGUUGUGUAGUUCGCAACCCAUACACAGGGCAUAAGUACCUGUGUGGUGCGUUCCAGUCCAGCGUAGUUCUCUUCGAGUGGGUUGAGGCCAUGCAGCGAUUCAUGCUCAUCAAGAGUAUAGACUUCACGCUGCCUUGUCCACUGGAAGUGUUUGAGAUGCUGGUGGUCCCAGAGCAUCAGUACCCGCUGAUCUGCGUGGCCGUCAGUAAGGGCAGCCAGCCUGACCAGGUGGUGACGUUUGGCACGGUUGACCCGAACACCCCAGCACCCAUCUUCACCGAGCCCGACACGCCCCAGACGUGUGUCAUCCACGUUACGCAACUGGAGAGAGACACCAUACUGGUCUGCUUGGAUCGUUGUAUAAAGAUGGUGAAUUUACAAGGCAGGUUAAAAUCCAACAAGAAACUAUCUGCUGAACUCACCUUCAACUUCCAGAUUGAAGCAAUAGUUUGUUUGCAGGACAGUGUGCUAGCAUUCUGGAGGCAUGGGAUGCAAGGACGCAGCUUUAAAACCAACGAGAUCACACAAGAGAUCUCGGACAGCACGCGCAUGUUCAGACUGCUGGGGGCCGACAGAACGGUGGUGUUGGAAAGUCGACCGACAGACAACCCCACAGCCCAGAGUAAUCUGUACAUACUUGCAGGCCACGAGAACAGCUACUGAUCUCUCUCUCUCUCUCUCUCUCUCUCUCUCUCUUUUUCUCUCUCUCUGACACACUCACACACAAACAUAUAUACACUAAACGACUUUCCACAGCCAAACAACAUAUAACACACUACAUCCAUCCCCCCCCCUCCAGCCAUGUGUAUAAGCUAUGUGUGUGCACGUAGACAUUCCUAUAAGACCACAUGUCCCUUCAUGUGCAGCCAACCAUUCUGCUAAACUACUGUACACUACAGCUCAGCCACAGACUAAACCGCACACUUACCACACUGUCUACUACCACACGAUCAGCACCGGGAGACAAGACAACAACACAACCGUGCGCUGCUCCUCUCAACAAACACUACAAACAAACACUACACGACGUACUGUACACAACACAGUAACAACGACUACAGCAACAACACAACAACUGGCAACAGUGGCCAAACGAAGUUGUGACAAACAAAGGAACUAAAUUAAUGAUUUAAUUUAUUUAUUGUGGCAUGCUACGGGAAGAUCCACAGACGGCAUCCUCUUUUAGUUUGUAGGGUUUUUAAACGUGUCACCGUUCCUGCUUGCAGCCUUUCCUCGUCCUUUCUUAGAGCCAGAGGAGCCGGUGGUCCGGCCUUUACGUCAGGGGUCCAUAAACGACUCUGCAUUCGCUGUUCCGACAGAGUGUUGUAACUUCUGUGUAGGUAUGUGUUAUUGCAUUGUAACGAAAAAUAUAUAUAAAUAAUAUAUUCCUGGAUUUUCAUCUGCAUUUACAAUAUAAGAACAUGUACUUGCAUAGAAGUUACAGUAUGCUAGCAUACUUAUGUACAUACUUUGGUUAUUCGGACACCUGAUAAGAAGCAGGACCACACGAUAAAGUCCAAGUUUCCCCCCUACAGAGCCUACAGAUCAUUAUACUGUACUAUACUUCCCUUCAAGCCCUAAAGCAAUAUUUCAACUGUUCUUCAUGUGUUAACAUUGCUAAUAACCAGUCAAAGCAGUAGAUGAGUAGAGUUGUAUUGUUUUAAUUAUAUAUUUAUUUGUAUUUAAUUUAAUUUUCCCUGUUGUAUUUUCAUUUAAAGACUUACCUGAUGACUAUAACUAUGAACUGACCCAUGCCAAGUCUUUUUUUUUUUUUAGAGGCGUCAGAUUUAUUUAACAAGCAUAAAAGUAUGUACUAUAACAAUAUAGUACUAUUUAUGUGUAAACAAAAUCAUUUAGCGCAGGGUCUGGUGUGAAAUGGUUCAGUUUUUAAAGAAUGUACUAACUCAAAUUUGUUUACAGUGCCGGUUUAUUUAUUAUCCCAAUGCACCUGAUAACUAACCUACACUACUACAAACACCACACUACUACUCUAUUGUUAAAUACUAGAAAAAAAUAGAGCUUUAUAUUGUAUGUUGAUGAUGGUAACACAAAAAAUUAACCAAUUUGCUUUCCUUUGGGCACCGUACUGACAUGCCAAAAGUCAUGGGAUAGCAGUAUAGAAAAUGAUUGUAAAGUUUUAUGUCAGGGGACAGCUGGGAAACAGCCACACCUGUAUAAUAUAUUACUGUAUUUUUAGCAUUAUAAGGCACACUGUCAAUAAACAUCUAUUUUCUGGUCUAUUUUAAUACAUAAGGCACAGCAGAAUAUAAGGUGCAUUUUAUGCGACACUAGUAACUGGUAACUACUAGUAGAAAUAGGGGUGUCACCAUGUUUUCUCCCUUGAAAACUGUUUAUUUGGGUGAGUAAAGCACUUCUGUUUAUUUACAGCAAGCUUAGAUUUACAGAUUUCCACUAAAGCAGGAGCAUUAGCAUUUGCAGCUAACCGCUAACGGAGCCUACAGAGCUACACUGAGAAACCUUGAGUGUUCUGGUAAGCCAUGGUGAUAUUAUCUAGCGGUUUGUCCCACGUAGCUUGUUUUACCACGGUAAACACGCAGACUACAGUUUAGUAUACUCGCCUCUGAACGGCUAAGGAGCUAGUGCUCAAUGCGGUUUGCAGCUAAUGCUAAUGCUGCUCCAGGAGUGCUAGCCAGGGUUAGCAGCAGGCUACAGGCUGACAAUACUCGCCUCUGAACGGCUAAGGAGCUAGUGCUCAGUGCGGUUAGCCAGUAAUGCUGAUACUGCUGGAGAACUAAACUAAAACUCCUGUAUAACGCUGUACUUCAGCCUGAGUGGCUUUACUGCUCCUUAGAACCUGACUGGUAAAAUACAUACGUAAGAUGCACUGACAGUUUUUGGGAAAAUUAAAGGUUUUAAUUGUGUCUUAUAGUGCUAAAAAUAUGGUUUGUUGUGAGGUUUAACACUGGUCAGUGUGCUCAUGGCAAGGCAGCUUGAAUUAUGGAAGUUUAGGCGAGGCCUGAUAAUGGUCGUGUGUGCAUUUAACAUUCCUUGAUUCACAGGGUCAAGUGUGUCACAGAAUACAUCUUACCGUCAUUACUACCCACAGUGGACAGCUCAGUGGAUGGUGGUAAUAGAGACCGGCAGCGUCUGGCUAACAUUUUCCAUGCAACAGACAAGAAAAAUAACAGACAUUGAACGUAGGCCUGUCACGAAAAUUACCUUAUUAAUUUAUCAUACAGUAGUAGCAGCAGUAGGUAAAGAUAAAAGUUAAUAUUUCCCAAACUAUGAUUAAUAUAUUUUUUGGUUUGUAAAAAGUGUAUAAUUGCUUUAUUAUGCUAUUAUAUUAGCAGUAUGUCAGUGGCAUUUAAUGGCCUUAAAGUGAGGAUAAUAUCGUUUAUCUCAAUAAUUUCUCAAACGAUAUAUCGUCCACUAAAAUUGUUAUUGUGACAGGCCUAUUGAAUGCUCACAUUCAGAGCGGGAGACCCCACACACUCACAUCCCACAUAUCAGUGCAGUGUUUCUGUGCACCUGUGAGACACUGUGAACAAGUUUGACUUAGUACAAUUCUCCAGUUCCACACCAAAUCCACUUUGUGUAUCCUUGCUGUUUUGCUGUUCGUUAGCUGUGUUAACAUUUCAGGUGAAUUAUUCCUUUAAGACUGUAAACUAAAAAAGUAUUUUUGAUUUCAGUGAGAUGUUUCUCAGCCAGUGUUACAGAGUAUAUAUAGACAUAUCUAUCUAAUAUCUAUAUAAACAGUUGCCAAAUGAAAAUCAUGAGAUGAUGAUACUCAUGUUCGGUCCACAACUAUCAAAACACUUCCAAAAAAUUCUGUAUUGUCCGUUGAAGUCCAUUAAUUACAGUCGGUUGUAUUGACUUUAUAAGUUUUCUUUGGCCCGAAAUGAUUUAUUUGAUACACUAUUUAAUAUAUUCAUCCAUUCCACUUUGUGAAACCAACUGACCAACCCUAGUCAAUUCCUUAACCAUACUGAUUGUAAGCAGGUUGUGUUAUUUAACUUUAGUCUUAUCAUUGAGAAUUUAGUCCAAAUACAAAGAUAGCAGCCAUGUACCCUGUGAUGCUUCAAAUGCUAAAAUACUCUCUUUUCAUGUCUGGUUUUGACCCAGGCUUCAGCUUCAGCCAAGUCAUUACUAGUCCUGGGCCAGUUCUGUAGAUUAAGCAAGCUUUAUUCUAAACUAAAAAAGGGAGAUUUACUGUUUUGUAUGUGGAGGCUAAACUCAAACCCAGUCUGUUUAGGUUAAGACUUCACACUGCUGUUUAAAUCAUAUAUUUGCCUUUUAAAUGAAACACCAGAACUCAAAUGAGACUUGAUUCCAUUUCAGCAUAAGAAGACUAGUUUUAUUUAUGGGAAGAUGGAUUUCAGUUCAUGAUGGUUUGUUUUGUAUUUUAUUGCUUUUAACUGAAAGCCAUGCCUCACGUUCUUGUUUGUUUGUUUGUUUUUGUUUUCUCAAUUACGUAACAUUACUAAUCACUGUAUUUGAGAAAUUUGCACAGUUUUAUACGGAAUAUAAUGUGACAUGUCACUGUUGGCAAGUGCAUAUGUGUUUUGAGAUGUGCAUAAAAUAAGUAAAUGCAGUAACACCACCCACACAUGCAUCGCUUUACACUACGGACAUGUGCAUUCGCACUCUCAAGCUGUGACGUCGUUAGGAGGUAGAAUAGACUAAUAGAGGUUACUGAGAAAUCGUAGAUCUGAAGAACAUGGUGAGGACAUGCAGCAGCGGUCAAAUGGUUUGGACACACCUGCUUGGUUUUGCGCAAUGUUUCUGUUUUUACAUCUUAAUAGAAAAGUUCUUAAACAGAGCUAAUAAUCCACAUUAUUACAUAUGCCAAUAAAUAAGAAGUUAAACAUAAAAACAUAUAUAUUUGACGUUUUGAUAUGCAAAAUGUUACACAUACUCAUAUUUAGGAACUGUGAGAUUUCUGCAUUCUGCAGUCCACCAGAAAAUAUAUAUUCCGACAAUAUUUUGUCAGAUUUUUAAUCUGUUUUGUCCAAAAUGGAAGCAUUUUAGACCAUCUACCAUGAAUUUGAAGUCUGUUUUUUUAGUCUUAUCCCUUUCCUACCCAGUAGCUGGGAGGCUAAGGACUGGCAUGUUUACCUGCAUGGAUCCAGCUAACUGCUAAUGCAAGCUAGCAUUACAACAGUUCAACACGCUUGGAGGAGAACACUAAUAAAAUAAGUAGUUUGACAUAAAAUCUAAUUAACUUUUCUAAUAAACUAUUCAGAUUCUUUCUUUAUUAUUAUUAAUUAAGCUGUUUUUAGCUCUAGAUUUAGCUCUUCUUUUUUUAAUUUUUGCUUUUAAAACAAAAUAAAAUCAGUUUUAAUAUGCCUUCCGGCUGGUGUGUCCAAGCUUUUGACUUAUACUGUAUUUUUGCUGUUCUCUGCCGCUGAUCUCUGAAGUAACAAGAUACAAUGCAAUGUCUUGCUGAUGCAGUACGUGUAAAUACGAGAGAACCCAGAGAACUCGUUUCAGCGUGUUUUCACUUUACGAAGAUGUUUUAAACGCGUUCCCCUUACACUCAGAGUGUUUAUUGUCGUGAUUACUGAAUGUUCACUUCUUCAGGAAUGACUUGAGUUAUGUGUGUCUUGUAGAAAGGGCCAGAUUUUGCGACGGUCUCUCUGAAGACGCUUCCUAAAGAAUCAAAUUCGUCAGGUUCGUUGAUUAACCCAGGGCUAAAAUAUUUUAAUGCAGUUAACGUUCAUUUCCGACUGUGUCGUCUAGAAGAUGAUAAUAAUAAUGAUGAUGAUGUAAAGCUGCAUUCUGUGAGGCUUCGUUCUCUUUUUUUCUUAACAGUUUAUUUUUUGGAAAGAUUUCCAGACAGGCUGCUUGUGUGACAGAUUGGGGCUUGCUCUGUGUUUUCACUCAAGCCACACUGUGUACCAGUCAAAACAUGCAGGGGGAUUUCAUACUGAGGUAUUUAAAGUAGUUAAAGACAUGAUUAUGUAAUCAGUCGUACUGUUUGAAGUAGUUUGGAAGCAUUUAAUACUAUAUUACCAACUGUGAAUUCAAUAAAUAAUAAUAAAUGUGCUAUGAGGAUGUCUUCUUGAGCUAGGUCACAAAAUAAAUAAAAAAAAACAUUUUUGUUUAUUUUUGUUUCUAUAAAGAACAGUUAAGUCUGAAAAACCUUAACAGUGAGGAAAAAAGGUCCCUUAAGUGUUUUUUCUGUGUAUGUAUAUAUACAUUUAUUUCACAUUUUUUACCAGCUGCUACUCUUUUCGAGCCUACACCUCUUUUCGAGCUGCUAUUGAUACAACAACUGAGUAGCAUCACAGCGCACUCAGAGUAAAGUGCAGCGUCUGGGUUUCGAUACAUCAGCUCACAGACGCCUUGUGCUGAUUGACAUUACCCUAGGAGUGAUUAUGGAAAAGAGCGCCCUCUACCCACCCAGAGAGAGCAAGGCCAAUUGUGCUUUCUCAGGGUUUUGGCAGCUGAUGGCAAGCUGCAUGACUGGGAUUUGAACCAGCAAUCUCUCAAUCAUAGUGGGAGUGCUUUAGACCGGAGUGCUUAGGGACCCUGGCCACUUAAGCUUUUAAAAUGUUGUUCCACACAUGCUUCUUUCAAUACAUGAAAACGAUUGUUUUGUGGCCUAGCUCAACAAACCAUUUAUAGCACCUUUAUUUAUACAAGAGUUUACAGAUCUUUAUACUGGAGUUAGGCUAUAUGGUGAUACUUUAUCAUAUGGUGAUACAUUUUCCUAUACUAUUAUUUUUUAAGCAUAACUACAUUUAUUUACGAAAAUAGUUGUAAAAAUGUACUUGUUGAAUUGCAGUAUAUUUUAAAUGAAAUUCACUGUACUCAAUAUGGAAAAGUAUAUGAACAAUGUUUCUUUAUGGAUCUGUCGCUACUGAUGCAUUUUGAAUGCAAUCACAUUCAUCAAGAUAAAUGUAUUUUUUCCAUAUCAAUUAGCUCUUAAGUAUAGAUUAAAGUACUGUAAGCUAGGCACCAGAGGUACAGUACCAGUCAAAAGUUUGGAAACCUUCUCAUUUAGUUUUAAUUUUAUGUCUUUGUUCUCUACAUUGUACAUAAAUUAGUUUUGAAGACAUUAAACAAACCAGAAUGUUUUAUAUAAUCGCAGUUUUACGCUCGAGGUUCAUGAUAUAACAUGUAAUAUUGGCACUGCUGUGCUGCAGCCUCAUGCCUACGGCCACAGCACAGCAGUGCCAAUAUUUACACGUUAUAGCAUGAACCUCGAGUGUAUUAUUGCGAUUAUACGACAGUUCCAUUAUCGCUGUUUAUUAAAGGAUUUGAGUUAAAAAGGGUGAGCAUUUUUUUUUUAAUAGUUCCAUUGCUGCUCUGUUUGUAGCUGCACUGUUUGGCUUGUAAGCGCUGCAUCGUUGCUAGUUUACUUGUCUGUGGCGGAGCUCAACCCCUCCCCAAUCAUCUCAGCAGCUGAGUUUUACAUCUGGUGAUUGUGAAAGCCAAACACUAAUUUAUUAACUGGUAAUACAUAAUACAUUUAUGUGUUCCCCCUCAUAGUUUUGAUGUCUUCAUGUCAUGUACAAUUACGAUUUAAUUUACAAUGUAGAAAAUAUUAAUAAUAAUGGAGCAGGAGACUCUACACUUUUGACUGGUACUGUCUUUAAAUAUGUUUUAGUAUUUUUUUUAUAUUAAAGUUUUUCCCACACCAUACCAUAAGAAGCUGAUAAAUGAUAAGUUAUAUACUGUUAUUAGCUUUUAUAGCAUUAUAAUUUAUAUAAUUUAGAUUUCGUCCAAGUUAUGUACUUCAACAGGCACUUCAAGACUCCACAUAUACAGUGAGGAAAAUAAGUAUUUGAAAACCCUGGUACUUUGCAAGUUCUCCCACUUACAAAUCAUGGAGGGGUCUGAAAUUUUUAUCUUAGGUGCGUGUCCACUGUGAGAGACGUCACAAUGUAUGAUUUUUGUAAAUAAUUUGUUUGUGUGUUACUGCUGCAAAUAAGUAUUUGAACACCUGUGAAAAUCAAUGUUAAUAUUUGGUACAGUAGCCUUUAUUUGCAAUUACAGAGGUCAAACAUUUCCUGUACUUUUUUCACCAGGUUUGCACCAAACACUGCAGCAGGGUUUUGGCCCAUUCUUCCACACACACAGAUCUUCUCCAGAUCAGCCAGGUUUCUGGUCUGUCACUGAGAAACACGGAGUUUGAGCUCCCACCAAAGAUUUUCUAUAGAUUGGUUUAGGACCGGAGACUGGCUUGGCCACUCCAAAACCUUGAUAUGCUUUUUACAGAGUCACUCCUUGCUUAUCCUGGCUGCGUGCUUUGGGUCAUUGUCAUAUUGGAAGACCCAGCCACAACUUAUCUUCAAUGCUUUAACUGAGGGAAACAGAGGUUGUUCCCCAAAAUCUUUGAUAACAUGGCCCUGGUCAUCCUCUCCUUAAUACAGUGCAGUUGAUGAUGCUUCCACCCCCAUGCUUCACAGUAUUGAUGGUGUUUUUGGGAUGGUACUCAUUAUUAUUCGUCCUCCGAACACGGCGAGUGGAAUUAGGACCAAAAAGUUCUAAAUUUCCUAAAAUACUAAUUUUCCUCACUGUAUUAUAGUACACCCAUCAGCCGAAACAUUAAAACCAUCUACCUGUCGAUGCAUGGACUCCACAAGAUCUCUGAAAGCGUCCUGUUACAGAAACAGGUCCUUGAAGUUCUGCAAGUUGAGAUGUGGAGCCUCCAUAUGAGUAUUAAUUAUUAUGGGGCAUCCAUGACGCAGGUUGGAGCACUUUUUAAUAGGUACUGAACAUCCUGAACAACUGUUUUGGACAGUUCACAGUUUGGUUCAUGUUAAAAUGUCUCAAAUUCUUAUGCUAGCCUGUUUUUUUUCUUGUUCUUUUUGCUUCUAACACAUCAGCUUUCAGAACUGACUGUUCACGUACUGCCUAAUGUGUCCUAAUGUAACCAGAUCAUCAGUGUUGUUCACUUUAGGUGUCACUGGUUUUAAUGUUAUGGCUGUUUGGUGCUUUUCUCAUGAUAAAGAAAAUACACAUGGCCAUAUAAAGACAUCAGUGUUAUUUAGCAGUGUUCACACAGUGUCAAUAAUGCGUAGCACCAAAAGUUGUUUGAGUACUAAUAGCGCCCCCUUGAGAAUGUUCGAGGACUAAUUGCGCCCCCUUGAGAAUCUUCAAGCUGCGUAAAGAAUUAACGUGUUUCCACCCUUCAGAAUGCAGCUUUCGUCUCAAAGCGACGUGGCGUAGGUUUAUCUGACGAAGUCGUUUGUAGCACGUGGUAACUAAACGUUUUGUCGGCUGCAUUAACAUAUUCGAUUCACACUGCGAUGCACAUGACCUGUAAAUAGUGUAAAAUAAUAUUUGGUUUUACAGACUGUACAAUCGUCUAUAUUUUGUUUCAAAUGUGAAACUGAUCUAUGAGACUGAGGUAACACAUUAAAAGGAGAAAAGAACAAUAA